AUGGCAGAUUACCGUGACCUUAUCAAGCGUCUUGUUGAAUUUGGCGUCCCAUUAAACGAAAGAAGUCUAUUUCAAGGAGGUGCAUUGAACACCCUCCUCAUAAAUGGGAGUAACGAUUUCAACGGUGCAUCGAAGUUUAUCCAAGAUCAAAUGGUGUUCAUGGUUUCUGAUCUCGUGGCCGGUGGUGCAGAUUUAACACAAAGUAUUAAUGAGACCUCCGACCCGGUGCUCUAUUUCUGCCAAUACAAUGCCUGCUCGUCUUACCCAAGACAUUGCUCCAGUGACUACCUCUACGCUAUAAUGAGGCGGAAUGUACUAUAUGACGAUCAGAGGGCGAUUUACAAAAUGUUGUCUCAAUGCCAACAGCCAGAGAAGCUCCUGAAGAUGGAAAUUAUCUCGCAGAAAUGUGCAUUGGGUGGCCACCAGGACUUCGCAUUCUUCUGA